AUGGCCACCGAAGCAUCAGAGCCUCAGGUCGUGGAGGGCGCCGUGGACGACACCGACAAGGGGAACAAGUUCCAACAAGCAGUUGCUUCAUGGCGGAACGUCGGUCUCUCCGAGCUCGUUUCCACUCUCGACACCGCCGCGUCCGAUCUCGUCACACAUCAACGCGACACAUUAGUACAGCGCAAGGAGCUGGCCCAAAAGACAAAAGACUUCCGUAAACUCGAAGAUGCUGCCAAGCUGGGCGAGAUCAAAGGCCUGCUCAAGUCAUACCAGUCCUUCAUCGAUCUCAUCUCGAACCAGUCAAAGUCGACUCAGUCGGCCUUUCUCCAAAUCUACUCGCCCUUGUCAGAAGCUCCCGAUCCAUACCCACUUCUCGAAGCCUCGAUCGACUCUUUCGUCACCGCACAAGAGGUAGUUCCUAAGCUGGAGUCUGAAAACAAGCACCUCCAGUCGACCGUCGCGAAAUUGACUGCACAACUCGACGAAGCAGAGUCUCAGCUAGAACAGGAACGCUCGACACGGCAAUCGUCGCAGACCAGUCAAGAUACAAAGAUCAAAGAGGUCGAGGCGUCAUGGGAUGCUGUGCUAAAGGAGAAGCAAGACAAUUGGGAGGCGCGUGAGAAGAGCUUGGAAGAAAAGGUCGAGAACCAGGACCGUCUGCUGAAGGAGCUCAAGGCCAGCUACGAAGUGUCGCAACGCAUGGGCAAAGCAGAGGACGACACAUCAAGCACUCUCGGCGCAUCACAACAAGAACUGGACCUCGUCAAUCACGAGCUCGAAAAGGCAAACCUCCGCUUAUCUGAGCUUGAAGGUCGCAAUGAGCAACUCCGGAUGGACCUCGCCCAGUCCACCGCAAAUCAUAGCUCGUCGCAGACUACCACCUCGGUCGAGGAUGAUCCUUCGUUCCUCCGACUGCGCUCAGAAAACUCCCAACUCCUCCGUAAGCUCGACGCACAACGCUAUGAGAAAGACUCGGAGAAGGGCAAGUGGGAUUCGAGCAUCAGGUCGCUGGAGAGGGAGCUGGACGCCCUAAAGCAGGAUCGUGAGAACAUCAAGCGUAAGCUGGACAAGUGCAGUGACUAUGACGAGGUCAAGCAAGAGCUGGACAUGCUCAAGUCUAUCGAGUUUGCGACAGGCGAUGCAGACGACUCUGACGCUGAGGCAGACACGGCCCCUGUCAGCGACAAGGGCGAGUCGCUCGAAAAGCUGCUCCUGGCACGCAACAAAAAGCUCUCCAACGAGCUCACCAUUCUGCGCGUCUCGCACAACGACCUCCAGUCUCGUCUCGAGUCGCUGCAGGACGAACUCUCAAGCACAAACAUGGAGCUGGAGAAGUCGCGCAACUUGACCCAAACGCUCGAAGAGGAUCUAUUGCACGCUCAGAACGAGGCCAGCAAUGCCUUUGACCCUUCAGCAAUGUCAGUAGCUGGCACCUACACCUCUCGCUACCCAAAGUCCUCUUACGCUGCUUCCAUGCGACGUGGAGGCAAUACUUCUCCGACCUCUUCCAUCAUCUCUGGCUUCGACACCGGGAACUCAUCACCUCGCGGUCUGGACUCCUUCCGACCAGAGCCCCCUAAUGCUGGCAUCCUACCAAUGGUCACGGCUCAGCGUGACCGCUUCAAGGUCAAGAUUCGUGAGCUCGAAACAAACCUCCAAGAGCAAUACACGCUCGUAUCUUCCCUGCGAUCAGAAAUUGCAAGUUUGCAGAAAGAUAACCUGUCUCUGUAUGAGAAGAGCAGAUAUGUCAACAGUUACAACACAAAAGGCGGCGCAACCUCUGGGUACUCUUCUACGAACCCGAGCACAAUCACCAUUGAUCGCAACAACCCUGGAGCUGAUGCUCGGUACAAGUCUGCAUACGAGAGCUCAAUAUCUCCUUUCGCAGCGUUCAGAAGCAAGGAAAGUAGUCGGGCCUUUCAACGCCUGUCAUUACCAGAACGGGCCGUCUUGCAAGCUUCUAGACUUGUGCUUGCAACGCGGACGAGCAGAAACUUGUUUGCCGUCUGGGUUGUAGGUUUACAUCUCCUGGUCUUUAUCAUGUUAUUCUGGAUGGGCGGAGGCAGUGACACUCCACAUCUUGCUCACACCGUCGCCGCUGGCAAUGCUGCAAUUGCCGGCGCAAAAGUAGCAGCAGCAGGCCAAGGUGCGCAAGGGGCGAAAUGGGAACAACCAGGCUUCGCAGAUACGUAA